UAAAAAACAGAAACAAUGUCUUAUUCUUCCCUCAAACUGUCAAUCUUUCUGAUUCUCUCAUCUCUUCUUCAUGCCGCUUUAGGGGAGGGAAUCAUUUGCGAGAACCUGCCCACGAAUAUAUGCGCGUUCUCGAUAUCGGCUUCCGGGAAAAGAUGUUUGUUGGAGACAGCUAACGUUGCAGGAGAAUACACUUGCCGGACUUCCGCGGUGGAGGUUGAAGGGAUUGUAAACCACGUGGAGAGCGAUGAGUGUGUAGCUGCUUGUGGGGUUGAUCGGAAAACAGUAGGGAUCUCGUCGGACGCAAUGAUGGAGGCAGGUUUCGCCGCUAAGCUUUGCUCUCCGGCUUGUUUGGAUUAUUGUCCUAACAUUCUUGAUCUUUAUUUCAAUCUCGCAGCCGGUGAAGGCGCAUUUUUACCUGAUCUAUGUGAUGCUCAGCGGAUAAAUCCUCACCGUUCAAUGUUGGAAAUGCUCAGUUCCGGUGCCGCUCCUGGGCCUUCCGAGCCUGCUUCAGGUCCUGUCUCCGACACCUCAGCCCCUGCUCUAGCUCCGGCUGCUAUGUAAAAUAAGGAUUCUUGUAUUUGGAGGAAGUUACUUUUAGCUAAGGGAUUUAGCUUAUGAGUUUAUGAAAAUGGAGGUUCGAGAUGGAUCAACUACGUCUUUCUGGUUUGAUAAUUGGAUGGGUACAGAAAAAUUGAUUGAUGUCAUAGGGGCCAUAGGCACAAUGUAUCUGGGUCUUUCUCGACGAACGCUGGCGUGUGAUGCGGUCUCCAGUGAUGGCUGGAAUUUGAGAAACAAACGCAGCAGGAGGUUCCAGAUUUUAUACAAUCAGAUACUCGCAAUGCCGGCUCCUGAUGCAGAUAGGGGAGAUGAUCUGGUUCUGUGGAAGCGAGGAGAGGAUGAGUUCCAAGACAGUUUCUCUACUGCAAGCACUUGUGAGCAGAUUAGGCCCAAAAAGCCUAAGGUUGACUGGUAUAAGGUCGUAUGGUUCACUCAAACCACACAUCGGUACGCUUUUAUCACUUAACUAGCAGUACAAAACCGGCUUUCUUUUUUGAUUGGGGUAUCACGCAGGAGUGUGGACUUUGUGGAGAAAGGGAUGAGACAAGUGAUCAUCUCUUCUUUGAUUGUCCCUACUUUUUCACUGUUUGGGAAGGUCUGGUGAGAGGAUUCUUUGGCCGCAUGACUAACCCUGACUAGUCUAUUACGCUUAAUGCGAUCAAACGCGAGAGGGUAAAUAGACUUGACUCCAUUCUUCUCAAGAUAAUCUUCCAAACAGUCAUUUAUCACAUAUGGAGAGAAAGAAACUUAAGGCGGCAUCAGGGCAACUGGACGUCGACAAACCAAAUGCAUAAGGCCAUUGAUAGAUCGAUGAGGAAUAGGAUAGUGUCGCUGAAGUAUAUCCUGCAGCAUAGAUAUGCUGGACUACUACAGCGAUGGUUCGAGCUCACGGGAUAGGCAGAUGGUUUGUAUGAGUUUAUUUGGUUCCAUAUGAAUUUUUCGUUAUGUAUUGUGAUUGAAUGGUUGUGGCAUUACUCAUUGCAUAUAUGAAGUAUGUGGAAUCACGCAUGUGUGGAAGAAGAGGCCAGAUAAAAAGUUGGUGCAGCUGCGAACCAAAAAGAAAAACAAACAAAGGUACGUAUACAAAUUUCACUAUAAUAUAUGACUAUCUAUCUUGUGUCUUCCCUUUGUUUUUGUCACUUGGAGUCAGAGAAUCUAAUGAAUCCAGCUUAUUGUUUCAGUGUAUACAAUGGGAUAUUUAUAUAUAUAUAUAUAUAUAUAUAUAUAUAUAUAUAUUUCAGUCUGAUUAAUAUAUAAGUUUGGGAUUGGUUAAUAUAUAAGAGGAAGAAGUUGGUUUGGAAGUUUCUGUUACACCAAGUGGCACGAGUCUUAGGUGCAACGUGGGAAAGACGACACAUAGAGAAAUGCUUCGGAUCAAGAGAAGCGUCUCCGCAGGUUACAGUCAGGUUUGCUCUCUCCGCAGGUUACAGUCAGGUUUGCUCUCUAAUCUCUUACAUUACGUGUUUUGUGAUGUUGCCUUCGUUUUCAGCUCACAAACAACUUUUUUUUGCUCAAUUCUGAGUAUCCAUGUGUUGUACUUUUGACUGUUGGAAGUUGACUGACGUUACCGCAUUCGAUAUUUUCGUUUCAAACUCAUUUCAUUCAGCUACAGAACACGGGCAAAAAAAGACGAGAUGGUAGAUGCGGAGAGGCAAAACACUAGCUGAAUAAAGCAGGUUAGUCGGAAGAUGAAAUGGCAGCGUUGAAGAGGCAGGUCAUGUCCCCAAUGUCUACCACAGUUAAAUCAAAAGAUGGUGCAAGAAAACUGUAGCUGGUGACAGGGAAUGUACAAGGUACCGAACUUCCUGAAGAGUGUGAUGAUAAGGAUCGCUCAUAAAGAAGUCCAUGAUGCUGUGUUUGGAGGACCUGCAAGAAAGAGAGAGGAAGACGUUAAAGAAGCUAAAGAAAGCGUUGAAAAUGGUAACCAAAGCUUUGGGUGAGCUAGAGAGGACAAAGAGAUACAAGCUAGCUCAGUGAGUAAAGCAUGUUGACAAAUUACCUGUGAUACAGUUUGGAAAUGUAAUAUGCAGAACAUGAUCGUACUAUCAUCGUGAGAAAUUAUAUAUGUAUUUAUGUUUUGUCUCAA